AUGUCGAAGAACCGGGUUCCCAUGUAUCUGGGCCUCGCUGCGGCGGGUGCAGGCGGAUACUACUUGUACUCUGCCGGCGGCGAUCCUUCAGCAGCAAAGCACCAAAUGAAGAUUGACGCUGAGAAGGCACGCGAGAAGCUCCCAAGUACAAAUAACGCCGAGAAGACUGGCAAGGAUUUCGGCAAGGAAGCCGGUGCCAAUAUCGACGAUGCUAUCGCCAAAGCCCGCGCUGAGGGCAAACGUAUCCCAGAGUUCGCCCAGGAGAGCAAAGAUAAGCUUGAUGAGCUCCGCGACGAAGCAAAGAACAAGUUCAAUGCCAAUCGGGAGAAGCUCAACAGCGGUGUUGAUCAGAUUGAUCGUGAGGUCGAGCAAAAAGCCGCUGAAGCCAAGGGGACCGUCUCUGGCUGGCUAGGUGGAAAGAAAUAA